AUGCCAGCGAUCCUUGAACGACAAGAAGCUUUGGAUGCCACUGGAAGCAUCAGACACCGCUGGCUGUUCCUACAGGACUUCAGCUCCAUUCCUCCGCCUCUGUCCGCGGUGAAGCUGGCCUUCGGCAUUGAUGCAGCGGAGCGCAGAGAUGUCACGGCGGAUCAGAUCUUUAAGGACUGGCAGCGGUGCAAUUUGUGGCGCCGGCGACGGACUUACAAGAUCAAAGAGACCGUCUUCCCGGGCGUUUCGCAGCUGGGUGACCUGGCCCUGGCCUGCCACCUGCGCCACCGUCCCUUCGUCGCUGCCCUGGCGGAGCUGACGCCGGAGAGCGCGGAGAGCCCCCUGCGGCGGUGGUACCUCCGGGGUGGCACGUGGAGGCCGGAGGAGCCCGUGUUGAACGUGCUCUUUUCCCAGGAGAUGCUGAAGGGCUUGAGCAAGUACUGUGCAGAAGCGUUGCAAGCGGCUGAGUAUGCGAGCAAACAGAACUAUGGCGACACUGGGACCAAAGCAGUGUCUCCAUAUCGAGUCUUGUGCAUUGGUAGCGGAUGCUCACGUUUGCGUCACUAUCUCCACUUCUUGCUCUCCAAAAUCCUUCCUGGAAAGGACGUGAAAGUGGCCGCCGUGCUUCCCCGGGGAGACACCGAGGCCCGAGACCCCGCGCGGCCUUGUUCGGCCAUGGCGCGCUGGCCUUCGCUGGACGAAUUCAACGAGGAGACACCGUUUCAUCCUCCAGAGACGCAGCUCUCUUUGGAGGAAGCAUUGGAGGUGUAUGCCCCGCGACUGGUGAUCUGCGUUUGCAUGCCUCCAGGUAUUGAUUGGUCCAGUGCUUUCCGUCGUUGCCCCAGCGUCCUGGAGUACCUUUUGUUGGGCCCCGCGGACACUGAGCGCUGCGGCCAUCUGGCAGAGACCUGGGGUGGGCCGUUGGGCUUCGCGAACCGCGGCAAGGACGCGAAGAUGCCCGGCUACGCGGCGGCUGGCUUUGUGAGGCAUGACUUGGAGGAGUUGAGUGAGACGGUCUUGGGCACCGAUGAUGCUCCUGGCAGGGUGGGCACCAACUCCAUCGUCAGCUUCCGACGGCUGCUGAAACCCUCUCUGACCCGAGCUGCGGUGGCCCCAUCAAAAGAAGCCGAGGGCGUGAGCCAAAUUUGGGCCUUACCCUUACGCCUGGAGAAUGGAGGCGGUGAGGGCGAGGUCUGGUUUGCCUUGGAGCGGCGCAAGACAGGGCAGCCCUGGACUGGGGAUGCUGUCGCUGCUGCAGCCAGGUCCGCCCCGGCUACCCUGUGGCCCGCCGAUGAACCACUCACCGCGGCGACGAAUUCUGCAGUGCUUUUGGUGCCGGUGGCUGCAGCUGCGCCGACGGCGCUGCCUCCCCUGAUGCCGGCAGUGGGGAUGUUGUCCGUCCGAGACGAGCCAAAGCACGAAAAAAGCGCUGGCAUUCUUUCCACCAGUGGAAUGUUCUGUUGGCUCGUGGUGCUCUGCCUGCUCGCUUACUAUCUGCAUGUGGUCCAACCUGUUUGGUUCGUGCACUUUAUGCGGAAAUCCCAGACCAUGCUGGCCAUGGUUCACGGGGUUCACGGUUCCGAGAGGGAACAUCACUUUGGUCAGUUCGAGGCUCGCACCGGGGCUAGGCAUGGCUGCAUAGAGUUGUGUUUACUUUUUGCCAUUGAAACACUCGACCUUGGUGAUCUCAGAGGAUGGGUUCUACAUGUGAAUGAGUGUCUUCGGGAUGCCUCCGGGGACUCCAACAAAGAAACGGGCCAGUCAGGGUCAGGGCAAUCUGGAGACGAGGAGAUAAAGGCUGUGGCUUUUGAGGAUUCAGUGGUUGAGUCAGCUCCAUCUUCAGCCAUGGAGACUGCUGAGACAGCUGUGCAUCAUUCCAGACCUUCAAGGGAAGCUCCAGCUGACCUUUAUCUUGAUCCCUGCCUCUUCUAUUCAUACACAGCUGGUUGUGCCAAGGGAGAGGAAUGUGAAUAUUCACAUUCAAUCCAUGCAGAUCAGGUUGCCGUGCCUGAGGUGAAACAGCGGCGUGGCCAAGCACGGUUUCGCAUCAAGAAUCGGCUGAACCAACAUUUUGAGAGGUUCAUCCACAUCGGUCACAUCGAGCGCAUUGGCCACAUCGGGCGCAUCGACAUCGACAUCAUCAACGUACCGUACUGUCAGCUCAGUCAGGCUCAAAGUUCGAUGCUUCCCGAAGCCAAAAAGACGAACGUGCGACAGAAUAGGUCAAGAGCGAGUUUCAACCCUGCCCGAAUCUAUCCGUCUGAUCGCAUCCGAUGGCAGCAAAGUCGCGACCAGACCGCUCAAAGUUCGAUGCUUCCCGAAGCCAAAAAGACGAACGUGCGACAGAAUAGUUGGGAUGGGACCAUGGGACCCAGCGGUGAGAUGACGAAUGCCGCGAUUUUCAAUGAAUUUCAGGCUCAAAGUUCGAUGCUUCCCGAAGCCAAAAAGACGAACGUGCGACAGAAUAGGUCAAGAGCGAGUUUCAACCCUGCCCGAAUCUAUCCGUCUGGUCGCAUCCGACCCGACCGCAUCUUGUGCCUGAAAGAAGGGGCUCAAAGUUCGAUGCUUCCCGAAGCCAAAAAGACGAACGUGCGACAGAAUGUCAACAAGAGCGCUAGAUGGGUUCUACAUGUGAAUGAGUGUCUGCGGGAUGCCUCCGGGGACUCCAGCAAAGAAACGGGCCAGUCAGGGUCAGGGCAAUCUGGAGACGAGGAGAUGAAGGCUGUGGCUUUUGAGGAUUCAGUGGUUGAGUCAGCUCCAUCUUCAGCCAUGGAGACUGCUGAGACAGCUGUGCAUCAUUCCAGACCUUCAAGGGAAGCUCCGGCUGACCUUUAUCUUGAUCCCUGCCUCUUCUAUUCAUACACAGCUGGUUGUGCCAAGGGGGAGGAAUGUGAAUAUUCACAUUCAAUCCAUGCAGAUCAGGUUGCCGUGCCUGAGGUGAAACAGCGGCGUGGCCAAGCACGGUUUCGCAUCAAGAAUCGGCUGAACCAACAUUUUGCCGCGCAGAGUCUCUACGAAGUGCACCAAGAGCUUCAGCAGGAAGCGUUCAUCCACAUCGGUCACAUCGAGCGCAUUGGCCACAUCGGGCGCAUCGACAUCGACAUCAUCAACGUACCGUACUGUCAGCUCAGUCAGAUUUCCAUGCGCAAGAUCCCACAGACGGAGGGCAGCUUGCCGGAUGAAUACUGCUGCGAGAUUUCCAUGCGCAAGAUCCCACAGACGGAGGGCAGCUUGCCGGAUGAAUACUGCUGCGAGAUUUCCAUGCGCAAGAUCCCACAGACGGAGGGCAGCUUGCCGGAUGAAUACUGCUGCGAGAUUUCCAUGCGCAAGAUCCCACAGACGGAGGGCAGCUUGCCGGAUGAAUACUGCUGCGAGGCUCAAAGUUCGAUGCUUCCCGAAGCCAAAAAGACGAACGUGCGACAGAAUAGGUCAAGAGCGAGUUUAACACCCCUGCCCGAAUCUAUCCGUCUGAUUGCAUCCGAUGGCAGCAAAGUCGAGACCCGACCGCAUCUUCUAUGUGAGCAGUUUGGGAUGCUGACCCAGCAGUUCAUCCUGAGCAGAUCAGCAGUCGCUCAAGCAGAUGUUGUGGUCGUGGUUGGGGGGCGCAUCUCUUCGAUGCUUCCCGAAGCCAAAAAGACGAACGUGCGACAGAAUAGAGCCAGUUUCAACCCUGCCCGAAUCUAUCCGUCUGGUCGCAUCCGAUGGCAGCAAAGUCCUGACCUGACCGCAUCUUGUGCCUGA